AUGGGUGAAGAUCGACCUUUGGUGAACUUCACAGACUACACGAUCAGAUCAAUAGAGCAACAUCAGGACUAUCCCGCCAUACUGGUGGUCAUGUGCCUUUUGAGUAUUUUCAGUGUAGCAGGAACUGUUGGAAACGCCUUCGUUAUAUAUGUAUUCUCUAAACAGCGUGAUAAGCCCACCUCUACCAUGUUUAUCAUCACCUUGGCUGCUACCGACUUCUUCACGUGUCUCUGUAUCGUUCCUCACACGAUGGUAUGGGAAUACCUCAGUAAGCGCAUGCAGUAUGACGCCAUUUGUAAAAUAUACAAUUUUCUAAUCACAUCAAACGUUCCGUUUUCUUUCUUCAUCAUGGUAGCUAUUGCCUUUGACCGAUAUUUUAAAAUUUGCCGACCUUGGACACAUGCAAUGGAUCCUCCAGUAGCGAAACGUGUCAUCGUUGGUUUAUUAAUAUUCGCGUUGUCCCUUGGUAUCAUACCAUCGUUUUCCUAUGGAAUUUACGAACGAAAAGAUUCAGUUAACACUACGCUGGAGGUGGUUGACGUUUCCGAAUAUUCCGCAGUAAGCGGUGAUAUUUCAAUGACAACUACGCCUUUAGUAAAUUACUCAUCAUAUGACUCUUCAAAUAGAGAUAAAUUAUCAAACGCAACAGGCAAACCACUUGCAUACUAUUAUGGGAUGUGUGUGGUAUCAGAACGCUACUUUAGUAUUGAAGUAAGAAUGUUUUACCAGAAAAUAUACGCUUCGUUGUUCCUGAUCGCUUCCAUACUGGUUGCGAUUCUCUAUGGGUUGAUUUUCAAAUCAUUGAUGACACGACGAGCUAGGAAAUUAAAAAACUCAAUGUCGAACGGAAACACCUGUAAAUCGCAGGUCAAUCAAACGUCUACCGCCAGUCAGACGUGUAUCAGUAGCUCCCGGUUUGUCACCAAUGAAGAACAGAAGGCGACAGGUGACACGUCAAACGAAUCGCUCAUGCCUCGUAAACCUCCGCUACAGUCAAACAAGGACAGGGAACGAGAGAAGAUAAAGACCGUUCGGGAGAAACAAAGAAUAGCAAAUAUUAAGACAGCUGGAAUUCUCUUCAUUGUCACAGCUGUUUUUAUUGCGGCGUUUUUGCCGGCAUGGUUAAUGGCUGUGCGUAUGAUACCGGCCAACAUGAUUCUCUUCUACAUGUACUUUAGCUACAAUGUGGCCAAUCCAAUCAUUUAUGCUUUUUUCAAUCGUGCAUUUAGAGCGGAGAUGAAGAAUGUUAUACACUGUAAAAAAUCUUAUUAA